CGAGUAAAAUAAAUAUUCGAGCUACGUGGAUUUAAUUUGUGAGAACAGAGACGCAUUCCAUUCCACGACGAUGGGAAUCCAUGACGGGAUUCGGGCAUUCCUACCUCGCUCCUUAUAGCAUCUUUCACAAGGAGUGAAGGAAAGAAAGGGAGAGAUAAGGAGAACGCACAUAUACAAUGAUCGGAGAAAUUAUUAAAGCCAAUCCCGAGGCUAACUACCCCCGACCUGAAUCGGCGAUCUGCCCGGACUCUCCAAUCUCCGUGGCACCGGAUAACGGGCAACUGUUCAUCAGGAGCGCUUCGUCCAGGAGAGACACCCAGACGUCCAGCGGCAGUGCCAACCCAGAAGAGAGCAGCACCCAGCCCCUAGUCUCAUCUGCCGCUGCCGCUGCCGCUGCCUACAUGAUGACAUCGGGUGAUUUCAUGCAGACGGCUCCUCUUUUCGUCCACAAAUCCAAGAGGAAUCUGUUUUAUAAAAUGAUGUGUUUUGCCUUGCUGGUAGUGCAGGGCGGCAUCCUGGAUGUGUACCUGAUCGCCUUCACGGAUCUCUACUGGUGCUCCUGGAUUGCCACCGAUGUGGUGGUGGUCUCGGGCUGGGGCAUCUUCUUCGUGAAAAAUGCCCGGAGCAAGAGAGAGCGCGCCUGUGGGUUCCACCAGAAGAGCUCCAUCUUCGGCUGCAACCUCGGGGAGUUCACCUUCGCGUAUCUGGCAUGGCUCAUCUAUGUGAUAGCGUGCACACCUAAAGUGAUUCUCAUCCUCGAAACAUCCAUCCUGGAAAUCAUAGCGAUUAGAGUGCCGUUCGGGGUCACUGGCUUCAAGAUAAUCAUGCUGCUCUCCGUGCCUCUGCUUUACUGUCUCAUCAACUCCAUCAUCGAGGAUCUCCAUGGGGCGACGCGCUAUCAUUCCCAAAGUUGUUUUGUGAGUAGCUGCGUGGAUAUUCUGGACUGUUACGUCCUUGUUGAAAUGCUCCUGAGAAACGAAAUUCUCAACAUCUACCUGCGCUACACGAUCAUAUCGGUGUACUUCGUAGCCCUCAUCGUUCCAGUAAUCUGGCUUUACGAAUUGACUGCGUCGGAGAUGAACUGUCGCUGGAUUUGGGCGAGGUUUUUCCCCGGCGUUCUGGUCAACGCACCUCUCCUGGUAGUCAGGUGUUUUCAGGUCUUUGUUUACAACGGGCCUGUUACGGUGUUCAUGUUCAAGAACGUGUUCUUCUUGGGCUGCAAGUGCAUAGAGUUAAUUGAGCAGUGCUUUGCCAUGAGGGGAGUCCGGAGGUACGCCAGCGGCAGCAAUCAGGCCCAGUUCUCACACUGUGUCUCCGAGAACGACAUGUGCCCUCACGGGUAUGUCAACACGCUGGCUGUCAAUACUCAGUCGUAGGUGAUGCGUGCCAGCAAAGUCGGUCAUCACAUUUGACUUCACACUGGAUACCCGAGGCAUCGGUACAGGUGUUUAAUUUUUUCAGCCUUAUGAAAAUGUCCAACGCUCAAUUUCCAACAGGUGCUAAAACCAAACCUUAAUCCACCAUAUGCAUUCCCACACCUGCCUAUGACCGGACCUUUUCUGAUGCCUUUACAAGAAAACUAUCCUCGUUGACCAGUGGUUGUAAUAGUGAUUUGUGAAUUGCAGUGAUUUGCACUUGUAAUUUGUGGGGCACUUUAAGGGUGAGAAUAAAUUUAAUUGAUCUAACCUUACGCAGGUGCAAUAUGGAAUAUGUGAUGUUCAGUAAGAAAUGUCUGAAUCCUUUUUUGAUGUAAAUUGGUGUUUUAUACUUACAACGUAAUGUCUCAUAAAUGUCGUGGGUUUUUCCAAAUAAUGCCAACCAGUUUUCUAAAACCAAUUCCGUGAGAACAGAAUAUCGUUUGGUACAGUUAAAUGUAUAGACUUCUUCCUGUUGAAAAUCUUGUCUUUUUCCUGAAAUCUCAUGCCAGGAAUAAAAUAGUGUCGUCUACUUUUAACUGACCCUCCAGGCUAUAUAAUUAGUCGCAUAAUUAAAUAGGGUAAUCAUGUGCAAAAUGCAUGUCAUUCCUGGCAUGCAAGUUGCUUACAAUGACGUUAGCUGAAAACUUAUCUCGUAUUUCUUACCAAAUAUCGUUUGCGUUAAUAUUUUGUAGGAGGGCGACCGAACUCUUUUGUUUGCUCAUUGCUUUGUCAAACUACCUCUUUGUUUAAACAAAUCCUUAUCUGUGUGUCAAAUUGACGUGCCUGUGCAGCCGUAGCCUAACCUACUUAAUGAAAGGCUUUUACUUCCCCGUUCCUGGAUCAGAAGGCAUUAUCCCUAUGAGCACUGAAUGAUGUCCCAUGGCGGUCGUUAUUAUAACAUUUCGAUCGACCAAACGAUCUGCCAAGGCGCACUCAUUACACCAAUUGGAAACGAUUUAAACUGAAAAAAGAAGAAAAACCCAAUAGCCUACACCUUGCAAUUAUUAUGCUUGACGUGCUUCAUUCGUGCCAUAACUGGACUUUAAACUGACAUUAAAUAGGCAACAAAGUAGGCCAACAAAAGAAAACAGACAACGCGCCGAGUAAUAACCUAUGAAAUGGAUUAGGAAAAAUCAGAAUCGGUCCCCUAGUUGCAUUUGUGUGAGUUAUGGCGGCAGGAGUCCAGGCGACCACUACCGAUAAAUGAAAACUGCAUUUGCUUUUCAUCAAACAGUAAUAGACUACCUAAGAAAGAGUAAAUUAACAUUAAAGAAUAUAACAGAGAGUGCCACAGAAUGUAGGCA